AUGGAGCAAGUGGGUAAGAUCAUCUUUUACCAAGAGCAGAACUUUAAGGGCGACUAUUACGAGUGCAGCAGUGACUGUCCUGAACUGAACAGCCACUUGAGUCACUGCAGCUCAGUGCGCGUGAAGAGCGGAGCCUGGGUUCUGUUCGAGAGGCCAAACUACUUGGGUGACCAGUAUGUCAUCACUAGGGGCGAGUACCCAAACUACCACCACUGGAAGGGCAACAAUGACAGCAUCCGCUCCUGCCACAUGAUCCCUAACUUUUCUGGCACAUUCCGAAUCCGUAUCUUCGAUGAGCCCGAUUUCAGGGGUCAAAUGCUGGAGUGCAUGCAAGAUGUCAACCAGCUGCUGGACGUUUGGCCUACAGGAGCCAUCCACUCUGCCCAAGUACAAGAUGGUGCUUGGAUCUUCUAUGAGCUUCCUGACUACCAGGGACGCCAGUAUCUGCUGGAAAGGGGCCAGUACCGCCGCUUCGGUGAGUGGGCCGCCAUGGAACCCACGGUGGGAUCCCUCCGGCGUGUCCAUGACAUUUAG